GUCCCCGGCGAUCUGCGUGCCGUCGUGGCAGCCGUGUUUCAAUCGGCGCUGGCGUGCUAGUUCCCGCCGUUGGACGCACCAAAGGAGAGAAACCAAGCAACAGCUCGCCUCGUUCCAAUCUUCGUCUGCUGCGCUAUCAGCAAGGUACACGCCGGGCCCAUUGUUGGCGUCGUGCUCUCUGGCUUCCUCCGCACCGUGGACGCACCCUGGUCCUCCCAUCUGCGCGAGCUUCCAACCUCAUACCAUCUUCCCGUCCGCUUUCGACGCUCUUUUCCCGCCUCCGCACAACUCUGGGCACGGAAACGAAGAGAGAAGAAGGACAUCCAGCAUUAGAUCCACGUAUUUCUCAUCUCCAUCAGGCAGUAUCUUUACAACGUCAGCUCAAUUGCCGUCUUGCUGCUGUUGUUGCUGCUCACGAAGCGGGCGGCCUAGACCAUGAAGGCUACGCCGCUGCUGGUGCAGUGGCACAACGACGGCACGCCCAUCUUCUCUGCUCACUUUGAGCCCCAUGGAAAGGGCAGACUGGCCACUGCGGGAGGCGACAACAAUGUUCGCCUGUGGAAGAUCGAGUCGAAAGGCGAAGAGCGGAGCGUUACAUACCUAUCUACGCUAAGCAGACAUUCGGCCACCGUCAAUGUCGUGCGGUGGGCCCCCAAGGGCGAGACGCUCGCCAGCGCUGGUGACGACGGAAACAUUCUGAUAUGGGUGCCUUCAGAGCAUCAAGAACACGGUGCCCUGGGAGAUGACAACCUGGGGGACAAAGAGACGUGGCGAGUAAAGCAUAUGUGCCGCUCAAUGGGCUCUGAGAUCUACGACCUGGCCUGGUCCCCGGAUGGUGCCUUCAUCUUAUCCGGCAGUAUGGACAACAUUGCUCGCAUAUAUAACACCUCGACGGGGGCCUGCGUACGCCAGAUUGCGGAGCACUCUCAUUUUGUACAGGGUGUUGCCUGGGAUCCGCUCAACGAGUAUCUAGCUACUCAAUCCUCCGAUCGUUCUGUACACAUAUACACGUUAAAGACCAAGGAGGGUCAAUUUGCACUACAUAAUAAGGUCUCACGUAUGGACUUACCCGGCCGCCGCAUCUCAUCUAGCUCGCCAGCGCCGCCAGAUUUGCCGGGCCGUGCCUCAUUUGUGUCGGAUGCCGUCUCUCAUGGCGCUGGAUCACCCAUUCCGUCUGUCCCGGGGACACCACAGAGUUUGGCAUUGCCAAUGAACCCACCGGCACCAACUUCUCACUCCAGACGCUCUUCGUUUGGCUCAUCGCCAUCGAUUAGGCGAUCCGUCUCCCCGGCUCCUUCGCUUCCACUCCCAGCCGUCAUGCCUUCAGCGAACUCGCCAAGUCUGCAGGCUUCGGGGCUUGGUCUGCGAUCUGAGGCUCUUCGAACGGAAGGAUUGCGGAAUGAGAGGAUUUACGCUGGUGAAGAGACCUUUUCUUCCUUUUUCAGACGACUCACGUUUGCACCGGAUGGCAGCUUACUUUUCACGCCUGCGGGCCAGUACCGCGUGAUACACCCCCCAGGUACUGCGAAGCAACCAGAGGAGAUCAUCAACACCGUCUAUAUUUACACACGUGCUGGCCUUAAUAAACCUCCGGUGGCGUAUCUUCCAGGACACAAGAAACCUUCCGUCGCAGUCAAAUGUUCUCCCGUAUUCUACACGCUAAGGCAAGCUCCUCCUGCGCCUCCCCGCCAGAUCACUAUCGACACUGCCUCUAGCGACGACAUACCUCCACUGCCAGAACCCGUAAUGUCGUCCAAGACUCCGACACAGUCCACCAUGGAUCCCCCUCCUGUGACUAGUGCACCUUCUCCCUCCCCUAGCAUGGCUGCUGCUUCGCCCAAACCGUCUGAAAGCGACUCGGCCCCUCCAUCCUCAACAUCUGGUGGUCCGUCGUUGGCUUUUGGUCUACCGUACAGAAUUGUUUACGCGGUGGCCACGUCAGAUGCUGUGCACGUUUAUGAUACACAGCAGUCUAAGCCACUAGUGAUUGUAAGCAAUCUUCACUUCGCUACGUUCACGGAUCUGGCCUGGUCCAACGACGGCCUGACCCUGCUUAUGACUUCGUCUGAUGGCUUCUGCUCCUCGCUAUCUUUCUCUCCCGGAGAGUUAGGCCAGGUCUAUCAUGGACCAAUCGCGACAAAAAGCCAGGCACAGCCGUCAAAUAUCAACACCACGGUUUCUUCUGCUCAGUCGACGCCGAACGCUACCCCCGUCAACACAUCUGCUCCUCCCAUGUCGAAGAAAUCGUCCGAUGCCGGCUUUCCCGCAUCUCCGUCGACAUUUGCCCCAGCAAGACCGGCUAGUCCCGCACGGUCCAUGUCCGUCUCCUCCGUGGCUUCGUCCUUCGUACAGCCUUCUGCCUCAGGUGAGGCCAAUGUACUUAUGCAUGCCACGCCCUCUAUGAGCAGCGUUGGCGGUGUCGCAGCUGCACAUUCGGCACCCGUUCCCGGCGCUGUUCCUCUAUGGACGCCCCCUGAGACGCCGAUGGGUGCCGAAGCUGGCGGAGCUUCACGACCAGCCGCUACAGGGCACCGAACGCAUAGUGCAAGUAGCUCUGUCAGCGGGGCAACGACAGUUCACGCGAGGCGAGAGAGCGAGAAUGAACCGCAUCCCAGCAUCGAGGGGGUUGUCGCUGUAGAGCCGCCUCGGAAGAGAGAAGCUCCAGAGGAGGGUGAGGCCAAGGGAACAAAGAAGAGAAGGAUUGCACCCACAAAGGUAGAUUCAUAGUAAGACUGUGCGUUCAUCUUCACAACAGUGUACAGCGCAGAAUUUACAUCUCAUGAGAAGUAGCUGGGUGGAUUUCUCUGCGAGCAGGGCAACAAUGUUUCCUUUGUCAAUUGAUAUACCAAGGCGAGGCAAGCAUACGGCACGGCGUUGGAUUUGCAUGUAAGCUCGGAGUCAUGUUUGGUUCUUGUUUUUGCUUUCGUUUGUUUCACGGUGAUCUUUGAAAUGCUUUUGCCCGUUUGAACUGCGCCUCACAGGCGUCACUAACGCAGAUUGCUGUGAGAUGCCGUACUCACACGUUCUAGGAACGGCUGCGUCACUCUUUUCCUUAGAAUCCUUUCCUUUUGCAUCUUCUCCAACCCGACGUCCCUCGCUAUUGCAGGACGAAACUGUCAGAAUCUGGAAUUGCCGACGAAAAACAAGGGGAUAGUGUAAUCUAGUUUAGAGAGAUCGAUCGUACCAGUGUGGAUCACGAGAAUGCUAAAAAGAUGCAAUAGGAAUAUCAUAAAUUCUG